UCCGUCCGUGGCCACGGCGCUGCGCUGCCAGGUACCCGUGUGACCCGCGCCGUGUUCAGGUGCGCCAGGCGCGGCCAGCAGCCCCGCGGCUCCCGCCUCCUCUCGAACCGGGAGUCGGCAGGCGGUCUUCACAGCGGCGGGCUGCCAUAGCCGCAACAAUAGCCGCUAUUAUAGUGGCUCCAGCGGAGGAGCAGCGGUGCCCCAGCGCGUCGAUGUCGAAUUGCAAAAGAGGAGAUGAGCAAGGGGGAAGCCUAAGAUAAAAAGGAAACUGGAACUAUGAGGCUCAAUUACCAUGUCUAAGGUUGCGGUGAAGAAGCUGCACUGGCGCUCAAAGGUGCAAGAGAGCUUCGUCCCCCUGGGGGGCGCCUCGGGGGAGCUGGGGGUGUCCAUCGGCGGCGGAGCUGACUACGGAGAGUUCCCUUUCGUCACUGCGGCCCCUGGGGGCGGAGCCACUGUGGGUGACAUCAUCCUUGAGAUAGGAGGCACACCUGUUUUGGGGAUGACGCUGGGUGAUGUAAGGGGGGUCCUUAACUCCUGCCCCCACCCCAUCCGCAUCAAAACUGUCUCACCAGGCUCCACACUGUGUAAGGACCUGAGGCUGUACCUAAGUAAGUGCUUCACGCCAGGCUCCGUGGACAGCCAGCUGCAGCAAGUGAUCCGGGAGAACCUGUACCUGCGGGCCGUUCCCUGCACCACCAGGCUGCCAAGGGAUGGGGAGAUCUCCGGAGUGGACUACAACUUUGUCUCCAUCGAGGAGUUCUUCUCCCUGGAGGAGUCUGGAGCUCUGCUGGAGAGUGGCAAGUUCAAAGGAAAUUACUACGGUACCCCCAGGCCGGUCCACAUCGGCCCCGACAGCCCGCCCAUCACUUACCAGGAGCACCGCAACCUGCUGAGGAACUUUCGGACCCGCAGCAAGUCCCUCAGCAACCUGGAGAAGGCGGCAGAGGAGGGAGAAAACAGCGAGGAGGAUUCUGGGCUGUCGGCGGGCUCGGUCGGGGCCAGCAGCGCCCCCCCUCCCACUCUCUCACCCAGCCAGUCCCGGGACUCCAGCGGGGGAGACGGCAGUACCUUGGAGAAUGGGGGCGGCUCGAGCGGAGGACGGACGGGGCUUCCGGAAAACUGGGAGCUGGCGUUCAGCGAUGCCGGGGAGCCGUAUUACAUCAACCACAGCUCGAAGAGCACCAGCUGGCUGGACCCGCGGGCCCAGAGCAGAGAGACUGUCAGCAACAACGAGUUGCCAGUGUUUACAGACCAGCCCGGUGAGCUGAAGGGCUACUCCAUCCACACGCGCCUCUCCAAGGGACCGCGGGGCUUUGGCUUCAACAUUGUAGGAGGGAGUCGGCCCAGAGAGUUCCUGCAGGUGUACAGCGUGACGCCGGGGGGGCCCCCGGCACUUAACACAGCGGACAUCCUGGUGUACAUCGGUGACACCUGCGUCCUGGGCGUGUCUCACAAGGAGGUUGUGGAGAUCCUCAAGUCUGUCCCCGCGGGGCAGAGCGUGGACGUGGUUCUUCGGAGGGGAUACCCCAUGCUGUACAACCCGGACGGCUGCCCCAAACAGCCCCGGCCCACCUCGUCUGCUGCGCCGGACCCGCCGAGCCCCCCCGCCACAUCCCAGCCCCGGGCGCUCCGUCAGCAGGCGCACAAACUCAAUCACGGCGGCGUCCGGCCUCACGCGGACGCGCCGUUCCUCGGCCUGCAGGCAGGCGUGACGCUGGACGCUAACGGCAACGCCCCCGGUCUCUCCGUCGCCCCCCACGGCCCAUCCUCCUCCCACUCCCGCAGCGACGCGGGGCUCCCUGUCCGCCGGCCCCCUUCGCUGAAGGGCAUCCCCCCUCCGCCUCCGCCCGACCGCUCCUCCACCAGUCAGAGUGAUGGCGAGGGGGUGCCUCAAGUCAGCUCACACAGAGUCUCCCUGGUCCGUAACCACAACAACAAUUCCCUCCCUGCGCCCCCUCCUCAGCGUCAGCAGCCCCCCGGACCGUCCGCCUCGACCCUACCCGUCUCCAGGCUCUCGCAGCCCCUGCGGGAGAAGGGGGGCUCGCUUUCACCCAGGGGCGCCCGCCUACGCACCGUCGAACCCCAGGCCUCCCUCCUGGGUCCCCGCCCCUCAGAGAGCCCGCGCUGCGGCUUCAACGGCUGCCCCGCCAGCACCAGCGACAGCACCAGCCCCGGCAGCGACCCCUCGCCAGGCGUGGCCGCUGGAGCCAUCGGCAUGGCUGGAGGGGAGCUGGUGCCCGUCGCCCUGGGCAGAAGCGAAGCCGUAGGCGGCAUGGGCUUCAGUGUGACGGCCGGUGGCCAGGGGGGCAGAUUGGCGGUGGUCAAGCGGGUCUGGGACCGAAGGCAGUGCCCCUUCCUUCAGCCGGGAGACGCCAUCAUCAAGAUCAACGGAGCCGAUGUGCAGAGUCUCAGCUUCGCACAGGUGCAGAGAGUGCUGCAGGAACACACGAAACAAGGAGAAGUGGUCUUACUGGUUUACAGGGGCAGCUUACGGUCUCCAGUUUCUCCAAAUGCCGCUAAAAGAACGCAUCCAUCUCUCCACCACCCGGCUCCGGUCGCAGCCGCGCAGUCGGAUGCAUUUGGACCCCCUAAGACCUCCCUCAAAGCCUCAUCUCAAACCCUGGACAAGCCCACUCUGGUUCAGAGCACCAGCUUCCUGGACUCCAUACCCAUCACGCUUACCCUGGAGCCCAGAGACUGGCAGGGCAUGGAGGACGAGGGUGUCCCGGACGACAGGGGAGCUGCAGCCAGGGGCCAAGAGGAGGCGAGAAACCCCCACCUGUCCCGGGCUUUCGAGGUAGAGCUCAAGAGGAGGCCGGGAGAGGGCUUUGGCUUUGUGAUCGCGUCGAAGGACGUGGAGAGAAGCAGAGCCUCCUCCCUGCUGCCCCACUGCUUCGUGACGGUACGGAGGGGCAGUCCCGCGGCGCGCGGUGGCCAGAUCCGCCCGGGCGACCGGCUGGAGGCUGUGGAGGGGCGCUCCGUGGUGGCCUUGCCUCAUCGCGAGCUCGCGCAGAUCCUGCGCCGUGCCGGAAAUACCCUGCGCCUCACCGUUGUCCCCCGAAACGGCUCCAACACCUCGAGCCUCUCGGAGUCCACAGAGUAUGACCCCAGUUACAGAACCAGGAAGAGUUACAGGUCUCGACCCAAGGACUCCAGGUACUACAGUGUGGAUCUGGAACGGGGUCCGACGGGCUUUGGCUUCAGCCUGCGGGGGGGCAGCGAGUACAACAUGGGCCUGUAUGUACUGGGUCUCAUGGAGGGGGGGCCUGCUUCACGCAGCCACAAGAUUCAGGUGAGCGACCAGCUGGUAGAGAUCAACGGAGACAGCACCGCGGGAAUGACCCACGGUCAGGCCGUGGAGCAGAUCCGCAGAGGGGGUCCCAGAAUCCACCUGGUUCUCAAAAAGGGGAACGGAUACGUGCCUGACUACGGCAAUGAUCUCAGAGCAGCCUCCCCCUCCUCCACGCCGCACCCCAAGAAGUCGGGUGUGGCUGCAGUAGGUGAUUCUGACACCGUCCACCGGAAGGCUUGGAGGUCAGAGGUGGACGAAAGGGGGAAAACUCGGAGGGGAAGGAGGAGAAAGGGGGGGAGCUCGGAGAGAAAUGGACGUUCGAGGGCCGACGCUGAGCUGGGGGUACAGGAAGGCGGAAGGAAGGGCGCUCUCUCUCGGGCUGGGAGGUCGAGGGCCGCGGAAACCGGCGGGGCUCGGAGAGGCGCUCAGAGCUUAACGCGCAGCGAACUGAGGAAGAGGGGCCUCGAUCACAGAGAAGAAGUACGGAAGAAGGGGCCGAGGAAGGGCAGGGGUGGGGAGAGUAGGACUGAGAAGGAGGAGAAAGCGGGACGGAGUGAGGAGGAAUCAGCCGUCGCCCUGCCCAUCCCCAAACCAAGGAUCCCGAUGCCGGAGCGACGCACGGGAUCACCGGAGAGAGAGGAUCCCUUUCUCCACCCUGCAAGGGAGGCCGCGCCCCGGAGAACCGCCUUCUCUUUUCUCGUGGGUUCGGAGUCGGAGCUCACGGGGUCGGAGUCGGAAGCCGACACCUCGUAGGCCGGCGUUUCGGGGAUCUCUCCUCCAGGCAGCGGAGUCCUGAUGAGGAGGAGAGCCCCCCCGAGUCCCUCUCUUCCUGAGCGCUGGGUCAUAGUCAACCGCGUGAAAAGGAAUUAGGGCUCUGAAGGCGGGGGGCUCGGUGAGGAUCGGACGAAACCAGCCGGCGACACUCUCACCUUCCGCAGACUUCAGAAGGGGAACCCGUCUCCAGCAGGGCAAACUCAGCAGUAAAAGAUUAACAUCACUUUUUAUUAAACGUGACAUUCGAAAUGCUUGCUAAUUUCUAUAAAUCACUGCAGAUGAUACUUUGUACUGUAAUCCACUGUUUACAAGAGUUACCGAUGAUUAUCAUAAAAUUGAUUCAUCGCUUGUGGCUAGACUAGUCCUCUGCGAUUACAGUGAAAUACUAUAUUACAGCUUUACGAUCGCAUUUAUAACGAUGUGGAAAGGAAUAAUGGCCGUCCCCAUCCGGCAAGGCGUUCACCUCGCUUAGUUCAGUCUUUACGUUCGGAAGUGCGGUGAUUUUCAAGAUCGGCACGGAAAAUCACGUAAAGAAACACGACCCUAGAGCGAGGGUCCGUCGAACGGACUCCUGCGACUCACGAGAGCCCAGCUGCUCUGCUUUCCGGCCGAGUGACUGCAUUUUCAGCGUUAAUGAUUUCGUUUUGCCCUUAGUACGGGAAGUAUGCAGAGGCGGAACGGAAGCGGCUUACUUCUACACAUUUACCAGAACCGAGUUUGGUACGUUUUCAUUUAGGAGACACUUUCCUCCGAAGCAAUGUACAAUGAUUAGUAUGUAGUAUUUAGCCAGUACCUUUUGUUCAAGGCCACUUGCUAUGCAUUAUGUACAACAGUAAAUGGUACCGUCAUUGACACUUAUGCGGUACAGCAGCGUAAUAGAUUGUCACACACGCUCGCACACUGGGGGCAACUCGGAUUCCCCGAUUCGCCCGAAACGCACGUCUUUAGAUUAUGGGAGACGACCCAGAGGAACAC